AUGACUUUAGGUCCUAGAAUAUUCAUUUCGAGAUGUUCUACGUUAUGUACUCGUGUUUUAAUGUCUUUUACUUUAGUCAUCGAAUUAUGUUUACAAAUAUGCAUCAUAGCUCCCACACUUUUCCAGAAUAGGUUCAUAUUUUGUAUUUAUUUCAUUAUUUUAUUAUUCAUCGUGUCCAAUUUAUUAGGAAAUUUGAUUUAUUUAAUAUUGACCGAUACCUCUGUAAAUGUGGAUAUAUGUACAGAACCUGAUUUAAAUGUGAAAUUAUGUACUCAAUGCGAUAGAAAUAUACCUCCGAGAUGCGUGCAUUGCAAUAAUUGCAAAAAAUGUAUUCCAAGAAGACGGGCGCACUGUUCGCUGGUGGGUAAUUGUAUAGGGUAUUUCAAUCACAGAUAUUUCUUCGUCUCGAUUAUGUAUUCUAUGUUGUAUUCCGCAAAUACCGUGGCUGUCGAGGCUAUAUUUUUCCAGCAAAUUUUAACCAGUAGCGAUAUAAAUGUAGAUUUUAUCGGUUAUUUCCAUGUUGUAAGCGACGAUUGGACAGAAUGCUUGUUUGUAUUCGUAUUUUUUGUAUCUGCUUUCUUGAAUUUUUUCUCCUUGAUUACCUCUAUAUUUUUGUUAACGUUGGAAACCGAUGUUAUUUUUUCAGGCAAGUUGAGAAAUGAGAGAGAUUUUAGGCAGUCGAAUUAUAAUCAAGGAUUUCGCAAAAAUUUAAUUUGUGUGUUAGGCAAACGUUGGUAUUUAGCUUGUUUUUGUCCAGUCGUCGAGUCUAAAUUACCUGACAUGCAUGUUGUUUUAUUUCCUAUUAUUAAUAAUAAGCCUACGAAUAGUUUGAAAUUUUGUGAUUAUUCAUUUUAAAUAAAUUGAUGUGUUUUCAUUCUGUAA